UCUCUCUCUCUCUCUCACACACUGAGCAGCUGACAGCAGUAGAAGGAGGCCAGUAGGUGUAUUUAUAGCAGAGGUUCUCUGAGUCGGACCGGUUCUGUCCCGGUUCUCCACUGCAGCGUCGCCAUGCCCGGCAGCCAGACCCGAAGCCGGCCCAGGGACCGGAAUAACAUUCUGAACCGCCCCGAGUUCUUGUCCCUGAACCAGCCGGUCCGCAGAGAAACCUCCGCCGGGGAGGGGCGGGCCAGGAGAACCGCCACGAGACGGCCGAGUCAGCAAGAUGAUGUCACGGCCAGGGGGUCCAGGGACUCCUCGGAAGGGGCCCCAUCAGGAGACGGGAUCCCGAAGGACGGAUCCCGGUGGCCCGAGCAGGAUUGCAUGCAGCUGAACCCGUCCUUCCGUGGCAUCGCCAUCAACUCCCUGCUCGCCAUCGACAUCAGCCUGUCCAGGCGUCUGGGCGUGUGCGUGGGGGCCCGCGGCCCUGGGGCCCCCAUGCGCCCCAUAGUGGCCCUGCUGGCCUUCUCUGGACACGCGCUGCCCUGGCUCUGCGGGACGCUGCUCUGCCUGUGGUGCAGCGACACGCUGGCGGGACAGGAAGUCCUGGUCAACCUGCUGCUGGCCCUGAUCCUGGACCUGAUGACCGUCGCUGGCGUCCAGAAGCUGGUGCAGCGCCGCGGCCCGUGGGACGCCCCCCCAGGGUUUCUGGACCGCGUCGCCCUGGACGCGUACUCGUUCCCCGCCGCCCACGCCAGCCGGGCCGUCGUGGUUUCCCGCUUCCUUCUGAACCACCUGGUGCUGGCGGUUCCCCUCCGGAUCCUGCUGUACCUGUGGGCCUUCCUGGUGGGCGUGUCCCGGGUCCUGCUGGGGAAGCAUCACCUGUCGGACGUCGGCUGCGGUUUUGCGCUCGGAUUCCUGCACUUCAGCCUGGUGGAGUCCGUCUGGCUCGACUCGGCCGCCUGUCAGGCGCUGCUGGCCAUCGGCUCUCUGCACUGGGCGCCACUGGUGUAGAGGGCGCCGGACUAAAACUGGAGCUGGACUGGAACCGGAACCAGAGCUGGACUGGAUCAGCCAGUUGGACAACUGUUUAACCCGAUGCUGGUGCGUUCACAUCAACAAUGUAAUGAUGACAAAACCUUCAUCCAAACAUUUCGUGCUUUAAUUGGUCCGUUUGUCUCCAGCGGUUCUCGGCUGCAGUAGUUUUCCCUCUUUUACUUUUUUCCAGAAAUGGAAUAAAGUCCGUUCUGCCGUCUAAAUGUUUCUCUGUGUGAAGCUGCUUUCUGCUUGUUCCCAUGACAACUUCUAACAUUUUUCUCUGAUUGUUUUCCACCAAAUCUCUCUGACCAUUUAAUAGUCAACAAUCAUAAAUCUGGUGAGUUGUAGACUCUAAAGCGUCGUCCUGCAGGUCAGACAUGUUGACUGUUUACAGGUUCCAUCAUAUCAAUGAACAAGUCUGACAUUCACACUGCGUGACAGAGGCGACCAACCAUGACCCCUGACCUCAAAAAUUAAUCCGGCGCCGCUGCUUGUGAUCUCCAUGGCAACCAUUCAGCUAUUAAUACACCUGGGUGGACCUAGCCCCGCCUUCGAGGUGCAGCUCCUCCCCCUCUCAGCUCCUUCAGACUAGCCAGCAGCAACUAGCAAACAGUUGUUGAGCUCGUUAGGAGCUGCUGGUAAAAACAUUAAAGGGUUAAUAGAGAAGCCAU